AGAGGAGAGGAGAUAGGAGGAGGAUAUAUACACACUAUCUCCACACAAUCCAAAAACCAAACGAGAUCAUCCAUUCAUUGAAAAAUGCCCAUUUUCACUGCAACAUUCGGGUCGGCCUUUCUCUCUCAUCGCUUCGCAGGUAAUAACAACCACCAUUCUUCAUCAUUUUCAGGCACUGCUCUCACAAACCACCCUCCUUGUUUCAAUUCUACGCCCAUUAGAAGAAGAAGAUACUCCUCCAGCUCGCCGCGCAUUUCAAAGGUCUCGGUGUCCGGGGAUGCCAAAACGCAAGGCGUCGAGCAGGCAGCCAUGGUCACUCCAGACACGUCAGCCUCGCCUGAGAGUGUCAUCACACAAAAAGGGGGGUCUGCUGAUUGGGAGGCAGCAAGGGCAUAUAGCGAAAAGGGAUUACUCCAUGAAGGCAGGAUUGAUGGCUUUAAUGGAGGAGGGUUGCUGGUUCGGUUUUACUCGCUUGUUGGUUUUCUUCCUUAUCCCCAGCUGAGCCCAUAUCAUUCAUGUAAAGAGCCUAACAAAUCCAUCCAAGAUAUUGCGGAAGCUCUUAGAGGUUCAAUUAUUUCUGUGAAGGUCAUCGUAGCUGACCAGGCAAACAAGAAAUUGAUAUUCUCUGAAAAGGAAGCAAUGUGGUCAAAGUUUUCUGGACAAGUCAAUAUUGGGGACCUUUUUGAGGGACGGGUUGGCUCCAUCGAGGAUUAUGGUGCCUUUGUGCAUUUACAUUUCCCAGAUGGUUCUUAUUGUCUCACUGGUCUUGUACAUAUCUCAGAGGUGUCGUGGAAUUUAGUUCAAGACAUAAGAGACAUCCUAAAUGUUGAUGACGAAGUGAGGGUCAAGGUUAUUAGCAUAGAUAGGGAAAAAUCAAGACUUGCGCUGUCAAUCAAACAACUGGAAGAAGAUCCACUGCUAGAAACUCUGGAGAAUGUAAUUCCUCAGGAUGGUUCUGCCGACCCUACAUUUUCAGGCGCAAGUAAUCCAUAUAGUAUUGAACCCCUUCCUGGGCUUGAAACAGUGUUGGACGAGCUACGACAGGAAGAGGGUAUAAGUGAUGUAAGAAUCAGUAGGCAAGGAUUUGAGAAACGGGUAGUUUCGCCAGAUCUGCAACUGUGGCUUUCAAAUGCGCCACCUAUUGAUAAAAAGUUCACUCUCCUUGCCCGUGCUGGAAGAGAGGUACAGAUGAUACAACUGACAACAUCACUUGAUCAAGAAGGAAUUAAAAGGGCAUUACAGCGCGCACUGGAACGCAUCCCAUGAGUUGGAUUAAGGUUCCAUUCUUCCACGUCUAAGAUGGAAGUGAAUGAAGUAAACAAAACACAUAUUUGCUCCUUCCAGCGGUUACAUUUCUCAGUAGUGGAACUACAGUAAAGAAGCUGAAUGCAUCAUAGACACGGGCAGUUUACUUGUGUGUUGUGUUAAUAGAAACUGCAUAAUCCUGCUGCCACUAUGGUGAAUAAGUUUGUUUAGGAGUUUCUGUUUAUGUAUAAAGUUUUGUUUGCUCUUUUGUGUUAUUAGUGAUAAUGAUGAGUUUGAUUAUGAGUUUGGUACUUAAGGAGAAUUCUGAAUUCAUGCCAAAAAAAUGAAUUUUCCAAAAUUUUGG